AUGGUCUUAAUCAGCAUGACAAGGACUCCACUUCGAAAUAUUGAGAGCACCAUUAAGCUUGAAAGGUUCAUAUCGGCAUCAUGUUCACUUCAAAAGAACACCGCUGGGAAGUAUAGGACGACAAGUGGACGAAAGCAGAUGCUUACAUACGAAAUGGCUCACCGACCUCAUCAUAUUGGAGUUAAAAAAUCAUGGUUAACAUGGCAUUCGCAAAAUCUGGAAACGUUUCGACAGCGUCAACCUGUCGUGAUAGCACAAGAUGAUAUCAUUUGUCGUUUCGUGCGCGGUUUUUUCCCAGACUACAUAACCGUUGAUGGAAGUGAACUGGUUAUCAAACGGCAAGGAAACUGUGUUCGUGUAGCAGGAUUCUUCCAUUACCGGAACAGACUGAAUAUACGUGAAAUAUACUGGAUGUUUGGAUUUACUGAAGAAUUUCUUUCAAUUCUGCUCAAACAACCGGUGAAGUUGGAGAUUCAAUUCGUAGCCGACGAAAAAGAUUUAGCUUAUAACUAUAUAUGA